CGCUUCGCGUGCUCCGCGUUUCGCGUCCCCGGAGCGGCCAAGAACAGGACGGCCAGGACGGCGCGCGUGCCGGCGUCGCCCACUGCUGUAAGACGGGGCGCUCCGAGUUGUCGCCGCGACGUCAGUGUCCUAAUCUAGCCUGUGUGUGUGUGUGUCCGUGCCGUCGCCACGGACGCCAACACUCCGCGACAAGAGUCCGCCACUGCCAGCGAAAUUGGAGUGGAUAUCGUCGGCUCCUCUUCAUUAUUCGCGCGAAGACAGAGAGACAGCCAGACAGAGAGGAGGGAUAAAAUAAAAAGAAGCGUCCCUGCGGUGCCCUGUGGAGAGAGAAGAAGUGUGUGGUCUCGGAGGAAAAAGGAGACGACGCCGACCCCAGUGCAGUGACUGUGUGGUUUUGCUCGCCUUCGACGACAUCAUGAGAGGCAGUGCCGCACGUCAGAGCGCGUAGACCUAUGUGCGCGCCCUUCUGCCGCGGCUGCUGCUGCGGCCUGUGCCCGUGCGUGCGCCUGUGCCCCGGACACUCUGCGGUCCACGACUCCAGCCGCUCCAGCACGCCGUCGUCGUCCAGCAGCCAGGCCGCCAUGAACUGGGGGCUGUCGCAGAGCCACGCCGGCGGCCACGGCUGGUUCUCGUCGCUGCGCCGCUCCCGCAAGAACAAGGGCAAGCAGCACUCGGGGCCCGGCCCCGGGCCGCCCGGCUUCGACCAGCGGCGCGCGCGCUCGGCGUGGGACCUGUCCCGCAACCACACGCUGUCGUCGAGCAGAAUGCAACUCAAAGAUGAGCUCGGCGAAGUCGUGGCGGAGAUGGAGAACAUGGACUCUGCGGACGAGAGCAAAAACAACACGAAAGCCAAGCAGAUGUCGAUCGGCCGGAAGAAGUUCAACAUGGACCCGAAGAAGGGCAUCGAGUUCCUGAUCGAGCACGGCCUGCUGGUGCACACCUGCGAGGACGUGGCCGCCUUCCUGUACAAGGGCGAGGGCCUCAACAAGACGGCCAUCGGCGACUACCUGGGCGAGCGCAACGACUUCAACGAGCGCGUGCUGCGGUCCUUCGUCGACCUCCACGACUUCACGGACCUCAUCCUCGUGCAGGCCCUCAGGCAAUUUCUUUGGAGCUUCCGACUCCCUGGCGAAGCGCAGAAGAUUGACCGAAUGAUGGAGUGCUUUGCCCAGCGAUACUGCCAGCUCAACCCAAAUAUCUUUACUAACACAGAUACAUGCUAUGUGCUAUCAUUUGCUAUAAUUAUGCUCAAUACCAGUUUACAUAAUCCAAGUGUCAAAGAAAAGCCUACUGUAGAGCAGUUUAUAUCUAUGAACCGUGGUAUUAACAAUGGAGGAGACCUUCCAAGGGAACUAUUAGUUAGUUUGUAUGACAGUAUAAAAACCGAACCAUUUAAGAUACCAGAAGAUGAUGGCAAUGAUCUCAUGCAUACUUUCUUUAACCCAGACAAGGAAGGCUGGUUAUGUAAACAAGGGGGUCGCUACAAGAGUUGGAAGAGAAGAUGGUUCAUUCUGAACGAUAACUGUUUGUACUACUUUGAAUACACCACUGACAAAGAACCCCGAGGCAUCAUUCCUUUGGAAAAUAUAAGAGUCCGAGAAGUUCAUGAGCGCAGUAAACCGCAUUGCUUUGAAUUGUAUGCAUCAGGUUCAGACUUCAUUAAGGCAUGCAAAACAGAUAGUGAAGGGAAAGUGGUUGAAGGUAAACACACUGUGUAUCGAAUGUCAGCAGCAUCAGCCGAAGAGAAAGAUGAAUGGAUUAAGUGUGUAAGGCAAAGCAUUAGUCAUAAUCCAUUUUAUGACAUGCUUUCAGCUCGUAAAAAGAAGGCUCAAAAGAAUAAUGUUCAUCACCAUAAUCAUGCAAGAACUUAGUCCUGUGAUCGUGAUUUGUAAAUGAUUGUGUGUUGAAAAAUAAUUGUUAAAUAUCUUCCUUGUUAUGUGUUUCCAUUAGUGAUUGUUCUCAUUGGAUUCCAUGUUUAUUUUUUAUUUUAAAUUGAAUUUACUGUGUUUGUUGUGGAUGUAUUAUUAGACUUUAAUCCUGGGUUUGGAGACACAUUAACUUCUGGUUUUAUGAUCUCAGGUUGAUUCUGAAUCUAAUAAUUAGAGAGCGGUUUAAUAUCUCACGCAGUAAUACCCUGUUGGCAGAUUUCAAAUUUGUGUGAUAGUCCUCUGCCUCUGCCUACAUUGUUUGAUGUUGCAGCCGCAGCCUGUACUCCCACUCCUUUUUUCUCUGCUUGAGGAAACAACCAUUUCCUCUUUCUCACCACCCUUCUACUUAAUUGAAGCUCAAAAAAGGAAUAUGAAAGUAUACAGCUAGCCUUGCUUCCUUUGAGAAUUUAUACUCUUAAGGCACUAUAAAGUGAUUCUGGGGUAUGAUAUUCUUUUAUUUGUAUUCUGUGAAUCAAAACGGACUCAUGUGUGCCAAGAUAAUAUUCAUAAGGCAUGAGAGGUAAGAAAAUAUUUGCCUUUGUUGUAAAGAUUCCCCUUUAUUACUGUAUUUCCCACUGUUGAUAACAUAUCUGUCCAUAUGCUUAUUUAGUUCAAGUUAGUUUGAUAGUCUUGUAAAAUGUAGGCAGAUUAUCAGCGCUGUGUGCUUAUUCAGUGCUUGUCUGGGGUUUUUUUAUGCAUCAAGGGGCCAUUUAUUAAAUGGUUGUGGACUGUAUUUUAUCAUGUGAUGUAAGCAGAGCUCUUUCCUUCCCCAUUAUUUAAGUCACUAUUUAACUGUGAUUGUUUUUUCCACUACCUUAAAAAAUUAUAUGAAAUGAAAAUGUGCCUUAUAGUAUCGACAAGGGAUACACACAUUAUGUUAAUGUUGACCAUUUGUUUAAUUUCUGUGUGCCACUAAGAAGUGGCUUAUUCCUGUGUGUAGCUGGCCAAGGAAGCUUUCUAUUGUUUUAAAACAAGUGAAGUGUUCAAAUCUAUGAUGCUUCUUUGAAAACUGUAAUAUUUAUUCUAGUUAUUUUAAAAUUCUCACUAGUUGUAUGUGUAUGUGUUUCUGUAAUACAGGUCGCUUGCAAGUUUACCUUCCAGCAAUUAAAGUACCCCAAUCAAUCUGUUCUUGAAGAUACAAAUUCUGUUCAGGAAAUGGCAGUGUGCUAUGGCUGUUUCACUUUGCCAUUCUUGACAUUGUCUAUUGUUCAUGAGUAAGGAUGAGUUAGUCUGUGAUGCCAUUCUCAUAAUUUUUGUCUGAUUGCAGAUUAUGAUUUAGUACUUGUUUGACACAUUAAGUUACUGUUUGAAAAGAGUGCCCGAAAAUCAAUGUGGUGCAGAUCAAUCAAAUCAUAUGUGUCUUUGGUUACCCUUCUAAGCUUUUACAAUCUUUCCUGGCAGCUAGAAUGAGUUCCAAUAGCAAGUCUUGUAACAAUGUUUGUGUGACAAAGUAAGCAUGGAAACAAUGUUAAACUCUUUGCUCAAAAAAUAAUUUACACUGAUCUCAAAGUAAAUUUAACAAGUCACCCCCUCCCCUCCCCCCCCUUUUUGUGUGUGUGCUUGUUUGUUGCAUGUAUGGAAGAUUCAGUUAUUUGCUAUUUUGGUUGUAAAAUCUGCCUAUGGAAUGACUUUGUCCAUUUCUAAAAUUCUUAAAGAACAUUAAAAUUUAUUUUAAAUUUAAUAUGAUGCAUUCACAAUGAGAUCAGAUCCAUUUAAUGAUCAAACCUGUACCAUCUGCGUAUUUUAUUUUUAAUGUUUCUUAUCCAUGGACAAUUGUACAAUACACGCAAGACAUGGCUCUGUCCACAUUGUCGUAGUUAUAGGAUUCUUGUUGGCACCUCAUAUGUAAUAUGUGUCAAAAAACAUAAUGUGUGAACUUACCACACUUCAAUUCAGAUAGGCACUUAAAUUUAUGUAUCUCUUGCUUCAAGAUCAAGAGGUUUAAUGUAAUUGGUCUCCUGACAGGCUUAUUUUCUGAUCAAAGAAAACCCGAUCUUAAAUCUAUGUUGAUUGUCAUCUAGUUGAUUCUCAUAAUGUUUAUUUAUUUAUCACCAUGUGUGUAGAUUUGUGAAAUCAAAACUGUAAAUUUGUUUAUAUAUUAAACAUUUUAUGUAUGUGUGUAAAUGUGGAAAGUGGUAUUGUACAUUUCCAGUUGUAUAUUUUGUUUAUUGUAAUAUAAUUUGCGCAUAGAUUUCAUAUUGAGGAAUUGUACAUAAGAUUUGUAAGUAAAAUGUUAUUUUGUAAAUGUACAUAAUUAUGCCAGUUCAAACACAUCUGCAGAACUUGAGGACCUAUUGUGUUUUCAUGCAUCAUCCCUGCCCUGGAGUGCAAUACAGCCUUCAACAGAAAGUGGUACUCCUCCUCAUCCAUGAAAUCCUUUUUCACAAGUCCAAGGAAGUGUUUAUUUUGUUUUGUUUCAAUAAGGGUGCUUGAAAUACCAUUUAAGGAGGAGUCCCCAUUGAAGUGACUUUUCAAAUGUGAUUCAGAUUCUUCUGUCCCCGAGUAAGUUACUUUAUUAGGGAUGUCCUAUGUGACCCUGUGAAUCUCUCAACUUAGUUGAUCAUCAAGUUAAUUAUUCUACUGCUUCCCAAAUUAUUUGUUUGUUUGUAUUCAUCUUUUAAGAAUUUUUUUUCUUUGAUUGAUCGAAACAUGAUCAGUUUCACAUUACCUUUUUAAUUAUUGAGAUCCUUUGUGGGCCCUACAAUUGUAAAUACCAUGGUUCCAACCGGAACAUCACUGUAUUGUAUGUAGCAGUAAGAGGUGUGUGUAAGCAUAUUGAGGGAGGUGCAUUUCAGUUCUUAAUAAAUCUGAAAAUAAUA